AACAAACAAGAAGGGCGUGCAGAAUAACAGGAAAACCGAUGGUAUGCGCUGACUGAAUGGGGAGGAAAAUGUAAAGGGAACAGGAGAAACCCCGGACGGAGCUCAUUUCUCUCUCUGCGUCCCCGAGCAUCAUCUGUAGCUUCACCGGGAGAUGCUGCAUCCCCGGAGCCGCUGCUAUAUUAUAGCUCAUAAUCUGUGCAGUCUUUUCUCUGUUGCAUCCCACUGUGAAUCUUACAAUGUGUGACGGCUGUGGGAUGAUGUGCGAACAGUCGUUCUAGCAGCACAAAGGUUGACUGCGCGUUAGGAAGGUUUUCCCUGAGCAUCUGCAAGAGGAUUUUUCUGCGCGCAGUCCCGCUCAGUCGCAUCACUGCCGACUUCUGUUAGACGCAAAGGAGGGAAGAAAGACAGAUUCAGUAAUAUCCUCACUGUUCAAUAAUUCAGGAGUAUCUGUUCCUCAAGAUCAACAUAUGCUGGUGUCUUUGUCUUACAUCCUCGGUGCAUGAUCUCAAAGCCCGGCUCGGGGUGGCGUUGACGCGGAUGAAAGCCGAUGGCCAGGCGCCCCAAAUUUCCUCAGAAGGGGGAUGCAACCUAAAAUAACCCCUGUGCCAAAUGCCGAGGGAGCCCUGAAUCUGUGACACGUACCAGCGGCUGCUCCGGAGACUCCCCUCCCUCCCUCCCCUCCUGUCCGACGACCACUCGGAGCCCGGACACCGGCGACUUUUUAAUGGCUUUUGUGUUCAGAAGAUGGAGGGUUUUACUGGUGCUGAACGUGCUUGCGGUGGCCGGGUUCAUGACUUUCUGGGCCAAGUGCAACACACGCAGCAUCCAAGCCGCCGGUCCGGAGGCUCCGGCGGACGGGAAGAGGCCCCGGGGCAACGGGACCGCGCAGGGGCCCAGCAUCAGCCAUGAGGUGCUGCUGAAGAGGCUCAGCUCGCUGGAGGAUGUGGUGUACAGACAGUUAAACGGUCUGUCCAAAUCUCUGGGCCUGAUUGAGGGCUUCGGGGGUCGGGGGAAAGGCGGCCUCCCUGCCACGCUGUCACCAGCCGAGGAGAGCGACGCUAAAUACCUGAGGGAGAAGUACGGCUACAACGCCUACCUCAGUGACAGGAUCUCUCUGGACCGGACCAUACCGGACCACCGGCCCAGCAAGUGCAGAAAGGUCAGCUACCCCAGAGACCUCCCCCAGAUCUCCCUCAUCUUCAUAUUCGUCAACGAGGCUCUGUCAGUGAUCCUGCGCUCCGUCCACUCAGCUGUCAAUCACACUCCAGCUCACCUGCUCAAAGAAAUCAUCCUGGUGGACGACAACAGCGACGACGAGCAGCUGAAAGGACCUCUGGAGGAGUACGUCAACAAGCGCUACCCCGGCCUGGUGAAGAUCGUCAGGAACCAGAAGAGAGAGGGGCUGAUCCGAGCCCGGAUCGAAGGCUGGAAGGUGGCCACGGCCGAGGUGACGGGAUUUUUUGACGCCCACGUGGAGUUCACCCCAUCCUGGGCCGAGCCCGUUCUGGCCAGAAUAAAAGAGGACCACAAGAGGAUUAUCCUGCCGUCCAUUGACAACAUCAAGCACGACACGUUUGAGGUGGAGCGCUACGAGAACUCGGGCCACGGCUACAACUGGGAGCUGUGGUGCAUGUACAUCAACCCGCCCAAACAGUGGUGGGACGAGGGCGACAUCUCUGCUCCCAUCAGGACUCCCGCCAUGAUCGGCUGCUCCUUCGUGGCCAACCGAGACUACUUUGGUGAGCUCGGCCUGCUCGACUCCGGCAUGGACGUCUACGGAGGGGAGAACAUCGAGCUGGGCAUCAGGGUGUGGCUGUGUGGAGGCAGUAUGGAGGUGCUGCCUUGUUCUCGGGUGGCUCACAUCGCUCGGAUGAAGAAACCUUAUCACAGUAACAUCGCUUUCCACACACGGCGUAACGCUCUCCGAGUAGCUGAGGUCUGGAUGGACGAGUACAAGUCCAACGUCUACCUGGCCUGGAACAUCCCCAUGGAGAACCACGGUAUUGAUUACGGAGACGUCUCUCAGAGGGUUUCUCUAAGGAAGAGUCUGCAGUGUAAGAGCUUUGAGUGGUACCUGGACAAUGUUUACCCCGAGAUGAGGAGGUACAACAACACGCUGUUCUACGGCGAGAUUCGUAACUCUAAAGCGAGCCACCUGUGUAUGGAUCAGGGCAUGAAGGAGAACCACACGGCGACUCUGCACCCCUGCCAUGGAUGGGGUCCUCAGUUAGGACGUUACACCAAAGAGGGCCAGCUGUUCCUGGGCCCUCUGGGCAGCACCGGGGAGGACACUCGCUGCGUGGUGGACGACCAGAUCAGCAGCUUCCCUCAGCUCCUCAACUGUGACAAGGUGACCAACGUCAAGCAGAAGACGUGGCACUUCUCUCAGAAUGAGUCGAUAAUAAAUCGAGCCACAGGACGCUGUGUGGAGGUGGUGCCGGCUAACGUUUACUUCGGCCACCUGCUGGUUCUGCAGCCCUGCUCCGGCCAGAGGUGGAGCAUCAAGAACACCAUGAAGCAGUAGUGGACUGGGACCAACCACACCAGAGGCCGUCUCCAAGAGCUGCCACAUGACCUGGACUGGCCGAGGGACGCUGGAUGAGUCGAGGCUCCUCAUCCACUGCUACAGUGAACAUCUCAGUGAUACAAGUUUUGUGAAAAAUGGUUGUUUUUUUACAAAGCAAAGACAUUCAAAAUGAUGCAAGUUUAGCAUGAGGACUGUUUCUAUCUCCAUCUAAGUUUGACAAAGUUUUGAUGUAACGUUGCCAUAACUCCUGUGCCACUUCUCUACCAUGUUUUUAGGUCUAAGGACGGAGAUUGGCUCAGCCAAAACUGUGUUCUGUCUUAAGUGGGGGAAAAAAAACAAGGUUUCUAUCUUCAUCCUCCAAACGUUCCUCCAUUAUUUUGUUCCGUAUCAGGUCGUCUUUUAAGAUGUGUAAAAGAAUAAAACUCCUGGAAUUCAAUUUUCAGUAAUAUGCACUGACCAGAAUUCAUUGGUAGUUUGUAAAAGGCUUCAUUUGUGGUUCUAGGCUUUUUUUUAAGUUACCUGAUGGAGUUCCCUAUUUAUGACUGGCAUUAAACAUUAAUGCCAAAAAAGUUAUUUUUGUUUUCUUCUUACAGAAGCCUGGACCCUGUAAAUAUCUAAGUUUAAGAAAAAGGCAUUAACAAUAAAUAUUACUUAGUGUAUCAGAGCCUAUUUUUUUUUUUUUUUUUUUUGCAUUUAUUGUAAAUCAUCUCAAAAACCACAUUGUCGAGGGCUACUGGGCUAAAUCAUGGUUUUAUAUGUUUUGUCUUUUUUAUUGUCAUUUAUACUCAAAGCAUUCGAUAGCACCAAAUGCAGUACAUAUUGUAGCAUGAUUGUAAGUACUGUAUGCACACGGGGACAAAGUUUAGUUGAGCUGAGCCGUUUUAUUGUGUUUCCUGCUGUGAGUGCCAUAACUACUGCAGACGGCCAAAACUAUCAGGCUGCAGCCUGAAGCACCUUUGUGGACACAGAGAUGGAGAACUGCAAACCUGAGAGGAGGAUUGAAUCAGGAAUGGAAAAGUGCACAAGUGUAUCGAUUGUGGAAAUGCUGGAGGCCUCUGAGGCCGGUAUUAUUGUAUUGAGAUGUAUAUGAUGUCAUAUAUUCAAAUAAUUCAAUGUUAUCAGUUGGAUUUUUGCUCCCAAGAUUGUCUUCCAAUAAACAACUGGUUUCCUGGUU